AUCAACUUUACAAGGAUGAAUAAUUUUGCCGUAUUACGAAGAAAUAUGAAUCGCCAUCCAAUUUCUGUGGAUGUUAAGAAACGCACUAGUGAGCCUCCAGUAGAAUUAGAAAGUCAAUUUAUUUUACGUUUACCACCGGAACCGUCACGAGUUUUGCGAGAAAUUUUACGUAGUGGUUUGCCUUUAAAAGACAGGUUGAGUAUAAAACUGGAAAAUGAUAUGCGCUACGGCGAAGUUAGAUUCGAUCAUUGGCUUCUUCAUGCUAAGGUUGUUGAUUUGCCAACAGUUGUGGAAUCCUUGAAAACGAUUGACAAUAAAAGUUUCUACAAAACUGCGGAUCUAUGUCAGUUAUUAAUUUGUAAAGAAGAAGAUGAUCACACUACGACGGACGAAGAAUCUCCGGUACGACAGAAGAAAAAGGAUCCGAAUAAAGUAGACAAAAAGUUUUUAUGGCCUCAUGGUAUAACCCCUCCUACCAAAAAUGUGAGACGUAGAAGAUUUAGGAAAACAUUAAAAAAGAAAUAUGUGGAAGCUCCAGAAAUCGAAAAGGAAGUAAAGCGUUUGUUAAGGGUAGAUAAUGAUGCUGUUAAUGUUAAAUGGGAGGUAAUAUGCGAAGACAAAGAUCAAUCGAAACCAAGCAAAGUAUCGUCGUCUGGUACUGUGAAAACUAAAAGGGAAAGUAUUAAUGGUAACACUUCUCAAAGUCUCGAUGUUGCGGAGGAUGACAUAUUUGGCGAACCUCUGAGUGAUAGCGAAGACGAUGACGAAGAAGCAAACAUAAAUGUCAUGGAAUUGGAUGAGAACAGUCGACUUUCGGCGGAUAGUAGAGUAUCGGAUUCUAAUUCUUUGCAAGCCACGUAUUCAGAAAGAUCUAAUAACACGGCAACAAAUAACAGUCUCGUUACGGAGUUCAAGAAGGAAAUGUUCCAGAAUGAUAAUAAUGGUGAAACAGAAAGCGAAAAACCAGUAGAAAUAUCAACAAAAAUGCCUAAACUGGAACAAUUCCAUUCAGAAUAUAUUAUCCCAGACGAUUUCUCAGAAAUACCAGCUGCUCCAUUAUUAAAGGAUUCGUUACAAACACGUCUUGCAACGUUACACGCAGAAUUAGCGGAAUUGCGACAACGAAGGCAACAACAAGAACUUGAAAUAGCUAAUAUCGAAAAUGUUAAAUUGCGGCAAAGAUUUCAAGAAAUAUUGGAUAAUUUACUAACACAAGAAAUGCAAAAGGUUCAAGAGAUUCAAAACUUAGAGUUGGAGUAACGUUUAAAACAUCAAGAUUUGCGGAGUUCCUUUACCUUGAUAUCAUUUUUCAUUUAAAAAUGUGACUGCAAGUCAUUACAUUAAACAGCGCCUUUAAUAUGUAUGUAAAAUAUGAAUAAAGAAAUGCGGAGUAAACAACUAA